AUGGAGGAAAAUUUGAUAAGCAUGAGGGAAGACCAUUCUUUUCAUGUUCGUUACAGAAUGGAAGCUUCUUGCCUAGAGCUGGCCUUGGAAGGGGAACGGCUGUGUAAAUCAGGAGACUGCCGUGCUGGUGUGUCAUUUUUUGAAGCUGCAGUUCAAGUUGGAACUGAAGACCUUAAAACACUUAGUGCUAUUUACAGCCAGCUGGGUAAUGCUUAUUUCUAUUUGCAUGAUUAUGCCAAAGCAUUGGAAUACCACCAUCAUGAUUUAACUCUUGCAAGGACUAUUGGAGACCAGUUGGGAGAAGCCAAAGCUAGUGGCAAUCUGGGAAACACCUUAAAAGUUCUUGGGAAUUUUGAUGAAGCUAUAGUUUGUUGUCAGCGACAUCUGGAUAUUUCCAGAGAGCUUAAUGACAAGGUGGGAGAGGCAAGAGCACUUUACAAUCUUGGAAAUGUGUAUCAUGCCAAAGGGAAGAGUUUUGGUUGCCCUGGUCCCCAGGAUGUUGGAGAAUUUCCAGAAGAAGUAAGAAGUGCUCUGCAGGCAGCUGUGGAUUUUUAUGAGGAAAACCUAUCAUUAGUAACUGCUUUGGGUGACCGAGCAGCCCAAGGACGAGCCUUUGGAAAUCUUGGAAAUACACAUUAUCUCCUUGGCAACUUCAGGGAUGCAGUUAUAUCUCAUGAGCAGCGCCUCCUUAUUGCAAAAGAAUUUGGAGAUAAAGCUGCUGAAAGAAGAGCGUAUAGUAACCUUGGAAAUGCAUAUAUUUUUCUUGGUGAAUUUGAAACUGCUUCUGAAUACUACAAGAAGACACUACUAUUGGCUCGACAACUUAAAGACAGAGCUGUAGAAGCACAGUCCUGUUAUAGCCUUGGAAACACAUAUACUUUACUUCAGGACUAUGAGAAGGCCAUUGAUUAUCAUUUGAAGCAUUUAGCAAUUGCUCAAGAGCUAAAAGAUAGAAUUGGUGAAGGAAGAGCAUGUUGGAGCUUAGGAAAUGCAUACACAGCUCUAGGAAAUCAUGAUCAAGCAAUGCAUUUUGCUGAAAAGCACUUGGAAAUUUCAAGAGAGGUUGGAGAUAAAAGUGGUGAACUAACAGCACGACUGAAUCUCUCAGAUCUUCAAAUGGUUCUUGGUCUGAGUUAUAGCACAAAUAAUUCCAUAAUGUCUGAAAAUAUUGAGAUUGAUAACAGUUUAUAUGGUGCCCGCCCCAAGUUGGGACGCCGACACAGUAUGGAAAAUAUGGAACUCAUGAAGUUAACACCAGAAAAGGUACAGAACUGGAACAGUGAAAUUCUUGCUAAACAAAAACCUCUCAUUGCCAAACCUUCUGCAAAGCUACUCUUUGUCAACAGACUGAAAGGGAAAAAAUUCAAAACCAAUUCCUCUGCUAAAGUUCUCCAAGAUGCCAGUAAUUCUAUUGACCACCGAAAUCCGAAUUCUCAGAGGAAAAUCAGCGCAGAUACUGUUGGAGAUGAAGGAUUCUUUGACCUGUUAAGCCGAUUUCAAAGCAACAGGAUGGAUGACCAGAGGUGCUGCUUACAAGAAAAGAACCGCCAUGCAGCUUCUUCCACUCCCCCGAAAGGGACGCUAAAAUCGCCAUAUGUUUCCGUGGUGUCCCCCAACACCGAUGAGUUUUUAGAUCUUCUUGCCAGCUCACAGAGCCGCCGUCUGGAUGACCAGAGGGCCAGUUUCAGCAAUUUGCCAGGACUUCGUCUGACAAAAAACAACAAUCAGUCAGUACUUGACCGACUAAUGACUAAUGACAACAAAGAGCCUGAUGAAGACUUCUUUGAUAUCCUUGUAAAAUGUCAAGGGUCCAGAUUAGAUGAUCAAAGAUGUGCUCCACCACCUGCUGCCACAAAGGGUCCAACGGUACCAGAUGAAGAUUUUUUUAGCCUUAUUUUACGGUCUCAGGCAAAAAGAAUGGAUGAACAGAGAGUUCUUUUACAAAGAGGUCAAAACAGAGACACUGAAUUUGGACUAAAGAACCUUUUGCAAAGCAAUGCUUUGUUGGAACUUAAAAAUUCAGGAAAAUAAUCAGCAAACUAAUUGCUACGGAUUUUUCUUUUUAAAGAAAAGACUUGUUUCCUUUCAGAACACUGCAGGAAAAUCCAAUCUUUUUUUUUUUUCCCCUAAAGAGGAUAUAUAGCACUGUAACAUAGCUUGAAAUGUUUUUAGAAUGAUGUACAUAUUUAAUUCAGUAGUACAGUAGUAAGGAAUAAAUGUUGCUCUGGACACUCACUUGUGGGAGGGUGGAGAUGUCCCAGAAGGUGCUUCAUCCACUUCUGUGAUUAUUGCUUGGGAUUCUGUUCUUUGGCAACUUAUUAGAUUCCUUUAUUGGUAUUUGUAAAAUAGGAAUUUAAAUGACUCCUACAGUAGAAUUUAAUCCUCUUGCUGAGGUAAUUUUUUAAGCUCUUUUUUAUAUAUUUAACCAUGGAUAUAAUAGGAAAUUAUGUUGUUUAGUAAAAACAAAGUACUUGACCAAUGUAAAAAUGUUAUGGACUUAUUAAAAAAAAAAAACUUUCUCUAAGAAA